UCUCCGGGCUCCCGGCUCCCUCCUCCGCGGCGGCUCCGGCACCACCGCGGGAUGGCAGAGCUCGACAUCAGCCCGGCCGCCGUGCUGGGCUUCUUGCGGGAGCGCGGCGGGCGGGCGCGGAACGCCGAGCUGCUCAGCACCUUCCGGCCGCUGCUGGAGGCCGGCGGGGACGCGGCGGCUCGGGCCGAGCGGCGGGAGCGGUUCAAGGAUGCGGUGAACGCCGUGGCCGUGGUGAGGGAGCGCGACGGUGCCAAGUUCGUGGUCCUGCGGCGGGAGCUGCGCCGUGCCUCGCUGCCGGGGGCCGCGCUGGCCCCGGGGGGCGAUGGCGCCGACCCCGGUCCCGGCGGGAGGCUUUCCCCGGUGCCCCCCGAGGAGCUGCCGUCGCCGCGGGCCGUCUCCGAGCUGCGGGGCCUCUUCCAGGGCGGCGGCGGAGGGGUGCCCCUGCCCGCCGGAGCGGGGGGGUCCCGGCGGGAGCCGCCCCCCAAGCCCUGCAUGCUGCCGGUGCGCUGCGUGCCGGCCCCCGCCGCCGCCCCGGAGCCGUCGGAGGAGCCGGGCUCUCCCUUGUCACCCCCGUCGCUGGAAGAGGAGGCCGGGUCCCGCUCGCCCGGUCUGCGAAGGGGGCUCCCCAAGAGCCACCGGUCCAGCGAGGAUGUGGCAGCGGUGCCGCUGGAGGAGGCCGAGCACCGCUGGCUGCUGAUGGCGUCCGACGGGCAGUGGACGCAGCAGCUCCACGGGCUGCUCCUGGGCGACGCCAGCCUGGCGGCCCGCAGGGACUUCAUCUCGGGCUUCACCGCCCUGCACUGGGCCGCCAAGAGCGGCAACUGCGACAUGGUGACCAACGUCAUCCGAGCGGCCGAGAAAGGGGGAUCCCGCGUCAACGUGGACGCCAGGUCGCACAGCGGCUACACGGCGCUGCACCUGGCUGCCAUCCACGGCCAGGAGAAGAUCAUCAACAUGCUGGUCUACAGCUACCACGCCAACACCGACCUGAGGGACUACAGCGGGAAGAAGCCCCACCAGUACUUGAAGGAAGGGGCCUCCUCUGCCGUCAGGCGCUUGCUGGGGGACCCCACCCUGCCCCACAGCUCGGAGCCCUCCGUGCCCAUCAAGAAGAGCACAAAGCUUGCAGCUUCAAUCUUGAGCUCCACUAGCACUUUCCUGGGGGUCAUAUCAGAUGACAUGGCUUUCUACGAUCUCACCAAAGGUUUAAGGAAGCCCUCGUCCUUAAACAAGCUCCUGGCUGCCACUACAGGCCCCAGGAGGAAGCCAAAGACCAGGGGUGGCUUCCCUUCAUAUUCCUCCCUCUCCGAGGUAAUGGAGGAGGAGGAAGAGGAAGUUGUUGUGAAACGCAGACCUGUUUCUGAGCUGUUCUUUGGCCAUUAGCCUCUGCCUUCUCGGGAUCAAAGCUGUUUAAUAAUGUGAUGGGGUCUCGAUUUUCUCUCGCAGAAGGAAGCAGCUCGGAUUUCUUCUCCCCGUGUCUGUCUUUCUGGAUGUUUAACUAAAUCAGCGACAGGCUCUGGCUCCAGAGGCCACGGGAUGAAGCCCAGAUGCUUGAGAAAGGGCAGCUGCCCAGGGAGUGCUAUAAAUGCUGCUGCAUGGACCGUCCCAUCGGUGGGGACCACAAACUUCACACUUCAUGGUUGAAAAACUCAACCAGCCUCUGUGUGUGCAGACAGGUUAAAAUGCUUCAUGUACAGCUUUUCUGAUCUGUGUGCCUCAGCUGGAGAGGAAAAGUAAGGUAAAAGACUGCGUAUUUUACACUGUGAACAGCAAGCUGGUAGCUGGCUACUUUAACAUGGCUUGUUCUAGAGCAGGCUGAAGUUAUUAGAGGAAAGACACAUCGUUUUCUACGAUGUUUCUGAUUAUUUUGGUAACAGAAGAGGAAUAUUUCUAUUUAAAAAGACUGUGUACUUAACUUUUUCAAAACAAAGUUUCUCACUAUCAGAAAUACUAACAUAACAAGCUCAAUUGUUGCCUAAAGCAUUUUAUUAGAUGAACAGGUUUAAAAAAUAAGAAACCAGCCCUCAGCACUCAAACCACCACCCCCUGUCUACCUCAGUCUGAAAGCUUGGUUAGCAUUUUAAUAUUUUUUUUUCUCUUCCAGAAAGAGUUUCUGACCAAGUGGUAGUAACCACAUGACUUGAUGAUACUGUGAACAUGUACACUUGACUACAGCUCACUCGCUUAAUCUGAAUAAAAACCUUGUUGAUAUUUGAUAGUGAAAA